UCUGCUGUACUUCAUAAGGUAAACAAACAUGGCUUAAACAAGAGAUUCCUAAUUAUCAAGUUCAAGAUAGAUUAGUUCAAUUUGGUAGCCAUGCGCACCAGUUACAAGAAAAACAGACCUUUCGACUUCAAGCUAAUUGAUCUGGUGGAACCCAAUCCUGUGCUCUAUAAGAGAUCUGGACUCUCGAACUACGAUGCCAUGAAGGCGAAAACCGAUAUCUGGGCUCGGAUAGCCGAGAUGAUGGGCUGUGAUGUGGACUUCUGCCUGAUGCGCUGGAACAAUCUGCACUAUCAGUUUCGUAAGGAGUUUCGCCGCGCGGACACCAGUGGAUCCACCUGGCCGUACCUGGAACGCCUGCGAUUUCUGGCCGAGAUCCAGCCGCCCUCCAAAGUGAAAACCAAACCCAAAACAAAUAAACAGGAGGCGACCAUCCAGACGGAAACUCCUGUGCAGUUUCUGUGGGAGACCUUUGAGGAUGGGGAUGUUCCACAGCAGUCGAGUACGUUUAUAAUCGAGGAGGUCAUCGAGGAGCCCAGCGAACAAAUCAUCCACGAGGAAAUCAUCUACGAGGAGCAAGAGCCCGCUGAGAUACUCUCGCCCAGAAGCAGCUUCCUCCAGAUUGACCAGGUACUGGCCCAACUAAAGGAACCGCAGCGGAGAAGAGCAGAGCGAAGGAUAACAGCAUUUCUGCUCAAGUGCCAGCUGCGUGCCUUGAGUAAUCAGUCCGUGGAGGAUCUUAGCAUCUAGCUCCCAGUUCACAUACUCUCAAACUUUAUUUUUAAAAAACAGAAUAUAACUAAGAUAAAACCUUGCACUUGUCCAAUUCCAA